CAGAGCUGAUGAAGGCGUGAGGGAUGCUGGAGUCUACAGCGCUAAUAAGCGUACUUGCGAAAGGUUUCCAGUUGGAGGAGCGAGUAUGGAGUGAUGAAGAGGCUACGGUAUAUAGAUAAUGCCUUUGUGUGGUAUGCACUUUUGAUCUUUGGGUUUGCCCUGUUGUGCAGCUCAAUCUCUCGCCGUAACGCCCGCUCCUCGUUUGUUGGAUUGUCUCUAUCCUCUUUUCUUCGGGAAGCGGACGCGCACAAAUGGCAUUUUAUAAAGGUCUUUUGUUCUCCGAUUUACACUCCCAGUCUCCAUGUACAAUCGUGCGCUGUAAAAUGAUAUGAUGCAUCUCUUUGACUGCUCUCUCGUUCGUGGUGACUGGUAGCACGGACAGAUUCAAUC